AAUUAAGAAUAUUUUUAUUUAAAUAAAAUUCUUCUGUGGAAGUAAGAAAGAAAAAUAUUGGAAAUUUUGUUACAAAAAAAACCAAAUUGAAAUUUUGGUUUUUCGAAGCAAUUUUAUAAAAAGUUUGCUCUCAGUGUAUAUUGUAAUUGUUUUGUGUGUGAAUUUUUACCGUUAAUUAUUAACAACAACAACAAAAUACUAAAAUUACAAAAAAAUAAAAAUUCCUAAAAAUUUAAAUCUCUGAACAAAAAAAAAAAAAGAAGAGAACUUGGAAUUGAAUACCAGUAAACAACAAGAAAAAAUAAAGCACUAAAAAAAGGAUUGAAAAAAGCCUUUGCUUAAUUUUGAAAAAUAAUUAAAAGAAUAAAUAUUUCGAUAAGUGGAAAUUAGUGCUUUUUAUUAAUUACUUUAAACAACUGAAAAAGUAAAAAAGAUUUGAAAUCUUAAAAAAAAAUCUAUUGAAUAUAAGAAAAAAUUUUGACAUAUAAAAAUAAAAAUUUUGACCUCAGCCACAACAAUUUCACAACAACUUUAAAAAGGAUUACCCUAUAUUAACGACAACUAUUUGGAUUUAUAUAAAAAAUAAUUAAGACUAAAUAAGUUUAUUGAUUAAACUAUAACAAACAACCCCUACCCUCCCUGCACAUUAGAAGAUCUGGCAUCUUCUCUUGUUAAGGAUUAUUCAAAACCCAAAAUAAUUUGUGAUAAAUCGGACCUUAUAGAACAAAUCGACAAAAUGGCAAAACUUUGCAGUCCUUAUGGGACCUCACCCAAUAGCUCUUUUCUCAGUGAGUUAUCAGUCAAUGGUUUCUCUGAUGAUUUCCAUCGCAUACAACCCGAUUCUUUUGAUUUGAUAUUCGAUGAUUUACCCUCCAUUUAUGGCGAUAUACAAAAAAUGGAAUCAGACAAUGGUUUUUCAUCGUAUGGCAGUGACAUGGAUUUAGAUAUGGAUGUCAAGACCGAAGUACGUAAUACAGAUUUAAUGUGGUGGACAGCACCACCCACUACUAUUCUAUCAACAUCCGCCUCCUCCAUGUCCAGCGACAUUAGUUCGGGGGUAUCAUUGGCCGCCGUAAUGGGUGGCUCUGCCCACAACAGCAACAGCCCACAAACGCCUAGUUUACAAAUUAAGGUAGAAAAAGAAGAGCUGUAUGCACCCACCGUGGUUACAGCCAAAAAAGUAAAUCCUAUGAAAUUUAAACAGGAUACAGUACAGAUUAAACAAGAACCUACAGAUGAUGUUGAGCAACAGUUGGCUCAUCACCAAAUACCAAAUAGCAAGACAACGCCUACAGCUGCAACCCAAACAACGUCAACCCAACAACCACAUCCUGUUAUGCUAGUAAGUACGGCAAAUAUUAAUAAUAUACCACCUGGCACCUCGUUAUUACGCAAAUCCCAGCAACAACAGCAACAAAAGAAAUCACAGCAACAGACACGCGGCACUCUACACAUAACAAAACGUGGUGAUCAACUAUUGCCCUCAGCUAAUGCCAUUAACACCAGCAACCACAUAAUAUCUACAGACUCUACUAGCCUAUUCAACACCUCCGCCAGCUCUACCAACUCCCUACUCUAUCAACGUCCCGAUACACCACACAGUUUAGAUGAUGAUUGCUCUACAACCGAAUUCAAACAUAAUGUCGACCUAAGAGCCUGUGUCAUGGGCAGCAAUAACAUUUCUCUCACCGAAGAACAUGAGUUUGUGAAAAAUGUUUCGCAAGAUGCACUGGAUACGAGUAAAAAACUUAUCGAUACACGUCGAUACAUGGGCAGCAAUAACAUUUUUCUCACCGAAAAACAGGAGUUUGUGAAAAAUGUUUCACAAGAACUACAGGAUACGAGUAAAAAACAAAUCGAUACACGUCUCGCUAUCAACUACUCCUUUGUCGAUGUCUUAGAUGUUAUCAAUAAUACCGGCGAAUAUCUAAAAACUCCCACGACGACGACGAGUAGUAGUUCGAGCGGUUUCAGUAGUUAUCAUUCGGCUCAUAACAAUGGUUCAAUGCGUUCCUCCGAAUCUGUUUCCGAUGAAGAAUCAACAAUGGGUUCAAGUUCAUCAUCGCUAUUGGAUGAAAUCAGUUAUGGUGCUGGUGGUGUCUCGCCGGUAUCAAGUCAAUCGUCAAAUAGUAGUACGCAACAUUAUAUGCAACAUCGAGAUCACAGUUAUACACGCUGCAAAGAUGGCAUGGAUGAUUUGAGCACAAAUUUGGAAACACCCUCGGAUUCUGAAGAAGAAAUCGAUGUGGUUUCAAUCAAUGACAAAAAAUUACCCACAAAUCCCUCGGAUAAGGAUCGUCGUGUUCUCCAAACUAAGGUUGCUGAUAAAUUUAGUGCUGCUCGCAUUGUUAAGAAUCCUAAUGGCUUACGCACCAUACCACCACGUCGCGGUUCCUAUGAAUUCCCCUAUACCCCAGCUAGCAGUAGUCCGGUUAAAUCUGUUAAUAAUUCACGUUUUCCCUCACCUUCUGCUACACCCUAUCAAAAUCAAUAUACCACUAAAUACGUGCAACAGCAACAACAAAUGAUGGCCGUAGUAGUAAGCGAUUCAUCAACCGGUGUACCCAUCAAUACCUUAAGUUCCAAUGAUAAAUCACGUAAACGUUUAUUGGCCAAUGCUGCUAAUAAUUCGAAUCUUUUGAAUAGCAGUGAAUUGAGUGCCUCGGUCACUUCGGUUGUCAGCAUGCCACCCACUAAGAAACAUCGUGGUAAGAAAACCAAACAUUUGGUUACCGCUGUCCAAUUGCCCAAUGGCAUUUUGAAACGUCACUAUAGUGUGGAUGAGACUGCCGAUACAAUUGAGAAGCGUAAUUUACACAAUGAUAUGGAACGUCAAAGACGUAUUGGUUUGAAAAAUCUAUUUGAGGCUUUGAAAAAGCAAAUACCCAGCAUUAAGGAUAAGGAACGUGCACCCAAGGUGAAUAUUUUGCGUGAAGCCGCUAAGUUAUGUGAAGCUUUGACUCGUGAAGAUCAACAGUUGAUGGAGCAAAAGGCUAAACUUAAAGAAGAACUUAGAAGAAAACGUGAAAUUUUAGCCAAGUUGAGAGCUGCUCAACAGUUGGAUUGAUAAGGACAAGUGUCAGGUUUGGUAUAAAUUUAUCAAAACUUUUUCAAUCUUAGUA